AUGGGGGCAGCUGAUUCUGGAAGAGACGGUAACGACCCAGCCCCACUGUAUCACCAACAGAGGAUACACUUCACGGUUCGGCUCUUCCUAGCUAAGAGUCGACAAGAGGUUACAAAACGCACUUGCCUAGUCACAGCUGGCUCUACCAGACCUACACAUCCUGAUGACGCUAAUCAGCGGUCUGUGACCUGGGUGUUGGAGAAGACAGGAAAAAACGAGCGAGGGAAAGGAGGGGAUAAGGGGCAGAAGAAGAACGAGAGAAAGACUGCGAAGAAGGGUGAGGGGAAGAGUGAGAAGAAGGGCGAGGAGAAGAAGGGCGAGGAGAAGAAUGAGAAGAAAGGCGAGGCAAAGAAUGAGAAGAAAAGCGAGGCAAAGAAGAAGAAUGAUAGCAAUGAUAUUCUAACUAUUGUAGAGGAUGAAACGACCGAGUGGGAAAACGACGUCAUCUUCGAAUGGACCAAGAAAGCGCAGAAGCUGGUUAAGAGAGAAGCCAACAACAUCUUCCGCAAGGGUGUCGAGACACAUGGAAUGACUGUCGGCCAUCUCGUUCGUGGACUCAAGAAUUCCAGCAAGCUUCCCAACCUUACCGUCGAACAACUCAUUAGUAAAAACAAGACUCUCACUGUCGAGAAGGCGCGCGAUAUCAUCAUCGACCAGGCGUGGGAAUGGAGCCUAGAACACUUUCUCCGCAAGAACAAAAACCAAGGGACUUGCGAAGCGGCAGAUAAGGUUCAUUACACUCCACCCAAAACCGUUGUCGUGGGAUCGGAUCCGACGAACGAAAUGAAGGGCGAAGGCGAUCAUUCGACCUAUCCAGAGACGUGA